AUGGCCGUUAGAGCGCAGUUCGAGAAUUCCAAUGAGGUCGGAGUGUUUGCGAACCUUACAAAUUCGUAUGCUCUGGUUGCUCCCGGAGGAAGCAUGAACUUCUACAGCGUCUUCGAGGCAGAAUUAGCAGACAUCAUCCCCAUAUGCCACACCACCAUUGCCGGCACCAGAAUCGUGGGACGUUUGUCAGCUGGAAACCGUCGUGGUCUCCUCCUCCCUACCUCCGCCACCGACCAAGAGCUGCAGCACAUCCGGAAUACGAUCCCCGAUUCGGUUAAGAUACAGCGUGUAGAGGAGCGUUUGUCGGCGCUGGGCAACGUGAUCUGUUGCAACGACCACGUGGCGCUGGUGCACCCGGAUAUCGAGCGCGAGACGGAGGAGAUCAUUGCCGACAUCCUCGGCGUUGAGGUUUUCCGCCAGACGAUUUCCGAGAACGUCCUGGUGGGCUCGUACUGCUCGCUAAGCAACCAGGGAGGAAUCGUGCACCCCAAGACGACGAUACAGGACCAGGACGAGCUGAGCUCGCUGCUCCAGGUGCCGCUGGUGGCCGGCUCCAUCAACCGUGGGUCGUCGGUGGUCGGCGCGGGUAUGGUGGUGAACGACUGGAUGGCCGUCACUGGGCUGGACACCACCGCGACGGAACUGAGUGUUAUUGAGAACGUGUUCAGGCUGGGCGAGGGAAUGAGGGCAGGAAACGUCGAAGGACCGCUUAGAGACGCUAUGGUGGAGACUUUCUACUAA